ACUGCGGACACAGUACAGGAGAUGACCAGAGACUGCGGACACAGUACAGGAAGGAUGACCAGAGACUGCUGGUUCGGACACAGUACAGGAGAUGACCAGAGACUGCGGACACAGUACAGGAGAUGACGCAGAGACUGCGGACACAGUACAUGGGGAUGACCAGAGACUGCGGACACAGUACAGGGAUGACCAGAGAUUGUGGACAUAGUACAGGAGAUGACCAGAGACUGCAGACACAGUACAGGGAGAUGACCAGAGACUGCAGACAUAAUACAGGAGAUUACCAGAGACUGCGGACAUAGUACAGGGGAUGACCAAGACUGCAGACAUAGUACAGGAGAAUGACCAAGACUGCGGACACAGUACAGGAGAUGACCAGAGACUUGCAGACACAGUACAGGAGAUGACCAGAGACUGCAGACACAGUGCAG